GAAAUGAUAAAACACUGGACAAGCCCCUUUAAGACCACUUAUAAAAGUCAGAAACAGACACCGUGGAGAUCAAUUUUCUUUCCCUGCAGAGGAAGAAGACUGAAGUAUGGAGCACUUGACAGCUCUCAGCCUGAUGCUUUUUGGGUUUUUAGCUCUUUGCGACGGCGCUCCCACGACAGCAUCAACGGAAGACCAUCAAAUAGCAGAGGCUUAUCUGUCACAGUUCUACAGGGACCCGAAUGCAACCACAUUCCUUGGCAGAAUGAUGUUCCUCCCAGAUCUCGAGAAUGAACUGAAGGUCAUGCAGGAGUUUUUUGGACUGGAGGUCACGGGUAAGCUGGACUCGAACACUCUUGAGACGAUGAAGCUGCCGCGGUGUGGAGUCACUGAUGUGGCCAAAUACGGACACUUCCAGGGGAGUCCCAGGUGGAAGCAGAGCGUUGUAACAUACAGAAUAACUGAAUAUACAUCACAGCUGAGCAAGAAAGAGGUGGACGACACCAUCGCUAAAGCUUUCCAGCUCUACAGUGAUGUUAUUCCACUUGACUUCAAACAGAUCUACAGCGGCACGGCCGACAUCAUGAUCCUCUUCAAAGCAGGAUAUCAUGGAGAUUUUUACCCAUUUGAUGGGCCUAAUGGGGUUCUGGCCCAUGCCAACUCACCCGGUCCAGAGCAGGGAGGAGACACACACUUUGAUGAUGAUGAGAGGUGGACCCUGCAUUCACGAGAUAUAAACCUGCUUUUGGUGGCUGCUCAUGAAUUCGGACAUGCACUGGGACUAGACCACUCCAAAGACCCUUCGGCUCUCAUGUACCCAACUUACCGAUAUGUCAACACAAAUGGCUAUACACUUCCCCGUGAUGACCGACUUGGGGUCCAGGCUCUGUAUGGAGUUAGACCAUCAACAAAUAAACCAAAACCAAAACCAGAACCUAAUCCUGGACCGCCUCCACCAGAACGGUGCAAACGUGACUUAGUAUUUGAUGCAGCAACCAGCAUUCGUGGAGAACUGUUCUUCUUUAAAAAUGGUUAUUACUGGAAGAAGGGCUACUACAGUGGACUUUCAAUGAAAGAAGUAAAAACUACCUGGCCAUCCAUUGACUCUGUUGAUGCUGCUUAUGAGUUCAGUGACAGAGACAUUAGCUUCCUCUUCAAAGGUCAGCAGUACUGGGCAGUAAAGGGCACCACUACUUUGCCUGGAUAUCCCAAACCCAUAUCCACUUUCGGGAUUCCCACAUAUGUGAAAAAGAUUGAUGCAGCUGUAUAUGUAAAAUCAACUGGCCGCACUUUGUUUUUUGUUGGAACAAAAUACUGGAGCUUCAAUGAAAGAAAAGCUCAAAUGGACAGCGGCUUUCCUAAAACUAUUCGACAUCAUUUCCCUGGCAUCGGGUCACGGGUGGAUGCUGCUUUUGAAAAUUAUGGUUAUCUGUAUUUUUCAGAAGGUUCAAGGCAAACGGAGUAUGAUUUCACCUCAAAACGAGUGAAUCGGGUGCUGUUGAACUAUGGAUGGCUGGACUGCUACUAAAUAUUUAAAUGAAAAAGAAAUUAAAUUAGUUAAGUUUCAGUAUUCAUAAUAGUGUACCUAUAUUGUUCUUUGUUGUUUGUUUUGUUAUUGUUUUUUUAAAUAAAUCUUAUUAUAAAUAA